GUAGGGGAAGGGCGGGUAAUUGGAGUCAGCGGGCAAUCGGAAUCACACGCAUACCUACGAAACUACGCACCCGAAACCUAGGAACAUGCCUAUAACACCCCCCUCUACACCCGCCGGCCCCGUCGCGAACGCCCCCCGCCAGUUACCGCUGCCCGUCGCUGAGAGAUAGUAGUGUGUUGUUUUCGCGCGUUGUCAAUGUAAUAUUACGUAAAAAUAUUAUUAGAGAUGCCGAAAGUACGAGUAAGGAGCACAUCAAAACUAUUAGAUUUAUCAGCUGUAAGUGAAUCAGCGCAAGUAGUUAUCUCUUCCCCGACAUCACAAGACAAAGAGUCGUCUGAUCCUACGUCAAAUGUUCAAUUUUCCGAUUUUAUAAAAUUACCAGAGAAAACAACUGUGGCUAAAGAGAAACAGCGUCGAAAGAAGCAGCAUGCUACUGUAUUAACCUCAACUCCACUGAAGAAAGAUUUGAUAGAAAAGGAAAAUAAAAAGAUAACAAAAAUACAGAAAGAGCAAGAGAAAGAAAAAAAGAAAUGGAAAGGUAAGGGUCAGGGGAAGAAGACUAAGGUGCAGAAGGGUGAGGGUCCCCAAAGGGCAAAGAGACAGGUUCUUCAAGAUUCAAACGAUACAUCAGUCUCAGACACUAACACUAACGACUUGUGCCAGGAUGACGAAAAUGAUGAUGCAGAAGACGCAGGAAAUAGAUGCUUGAUAUGCUGUGAAUUUGGACGAAACAAUGAGAUGUGGUACCGCUGUACCACAUGUGGAUUGUGGGCACACGCAGAAUGCGCUGGAUGGGAUUCUGCCGAAGGGUACGUCUGCGAUAUGUGUUAGUUUUACUUGAUCUUCAUUUCCCACAGGCUGACCACCAUUGCCCCGAAGUAAGUGCAAUGGGAGUCAAACCUAUUUUUUUUUUAAUCUUAAUUUUUUCCCAAAGUUUAUGUACCAAAUGAUUAAAACUGAUCUCAAUUGUUAGACAAAUAAGUGUUUUUUGUUAUAAAACAUAAGCAAUAAAUAUUUGAUAUUGAAAUAAGCUUUUAUUUGAAAACUUGCUUAAGUGACUCCCAUUACCCUUUUCUACCCUAAG